UAAUUGACUUUGGGUAAUAUUUGUUUAUCAUUAGGUUUGUUCUCGAUGGGAAAGUACCGGUAACAUGAGUUUCCUAUAAAUUAAGCUUUUAAACGUUGAUUGACUACACUUCAUACUUGUGUGCAGUACGCACGUGUUCACAAUUAUUUUCUCUUGUUAUUUUUCUACCGUAACUAAUAAAACAAUGGCUAAUAAAUUCAAUAUAAUUAGUUUGAUUGUUGUUGUAAUUUGCGUUGGUUUUGUAUAUGGAUAUCCGAAAAAUAAAUUUUAUGAUCUGAAGUUCAAAUACUACAGUCGUGAAGAGUGGGGAGCGACUCCAGCGACUGACAGACGACCAAUAGCUACCCCUGUGGAAUACGUCAUCAUCCACCAUACCUAUAUACCAGCGGCAUGCAACACAACACAGCAAUGCUUCAACGCAAUGAAAUCUAUGCAGGAUUAUCAUAAUAGUAUGGAUUGGGGUGAUAUUGGCUAUCAUUUCUGCGUUGGCAACAAUGGCGGCGUGUACGAGGGUCGGGGCUGGAACGUCAUAGGCAUCCACGCAGGUCGCGCGAAUAACCACAGCUAUGGCAUUUGUCUUAUCGGCGAUUGGAGAGUUGCAGUCCCACCUAAAGCGAUGCUGGAAUCGACAAAGCGUCUCAUUUCCACCGGCGUUCAGAAUGGAUGGAUCAGUCCGAAUUACAAACUGAUAGGACACAGCCAAGUUAUGGCGACCGAGUGUCCUGGGACUGCGCUCUUCAAUAUCAUAUCAACAUGGGAUCACUUUUCAACAGAUGUCACUAUAUUCAAAACAACUGUUGCAAAAAAUAAUGCUUUGAGUUAACCACACUAUCUUUAAUGACCGGUUUACAGUCCAGUCCAGCGAUCGAAACCAGUGCUACAUUUGAACUGGAAAAAUGUGAACCCACACUGGAAAAUACAGUGCAUUCCAGUUAGAGUUUAUAUUUUUCAGUCGUAAUCUAGCGCUUAUUACAAUCACUGGACUAGAAUUCUGAAAACCGGACAUGACUGCAAUUAGAUUAUAAUUUGCACCAAGAUUUGUAAAAUCCUAAUCAUUUCAUCUGUAGAAGCAUAUGUAUA